UGAAUUCAAGGUGAGUCGUCAGAAGAUAUUGACCUUGAUUGAGUACUUGGAGACAGAUCUCAUGAGCCCAGGACAACCUCACUAUCGAAAGAAAGGUGGAAUAGUUGGACUUGCUGUAUUGACGGUUGCAUUGAGCAAAAGGUUUGCUGCCCCUUUUCUUCAUAAAAUUCUGCCACCUAUACUUGAUAGUUUCAAAGAUAGUGAUGUUUCCGUUUGCGAGUACGCUUGUGAAACGAUUUGCGUUAUUGCAAUGGUUGUGAAAAGGGAAAUCUUUCCGUUCUUUGACCGGAUAUUCUAUGCAUUUUGUUUUCCCUUCAAGAACUCUGACAUAGAUCGAGGAUUUCUUCAUAGGAAAUUGACCAAAGUUACAGAGUACAUUGGAACUGUGGACGGUAGAUUCAGCAUGGAAGAAUUUGUACAAUUCCUGAAGGAAAGGAUAAGGAAAAUGUUUUGUAGCGCCCGGAUAUUCUUGUUGAGAUGGAUUGAAAAUAAGGCUCCUCAUCAUGUGGAUUCAGAAUGGUUCCUUGAGUUAUAUGUUGAAGGUUUGUUCCAAAUGUUAACGGACUUACCUGAUGACAAUGGAGGUGUUUGUGACACCCUUGAUAAAAUUCUGCAGUGCAUAAAGGAAGGCCAGUAUAGGAAGGAGAAUGCAGAUUUUGGUCACUUCGCAGAACCUUUGCUGUACUCUGCAUGCUCAGAGGAUCCAGUGGCCCAGUUGACAGCAUUGACCUGGAUAAAUGAAUUUAGAAAACUUGGUGUAGACCGGCUUGCCCCUUACUAUUCUCGUAUUUUGUGUGUCAUACUACCCUGGUUUUCUGUUCCAGAGGUCAAUGUAUGCAAGAUUGCUCAUGAAAUUAGUGACGGCAUUCGUAAAGUAUAUGCUGGUCCAGUCGAGAGAUCAGAAAUAGAUGCUGUCCUAACUAUUUUAAAAGUGACAUUAAGUAGCGGAUGGAAAGAAUGUCAAAUUGAGGCAUUGAUUUGGAUCACAAAACUUCUGGAAUGGCAUAGGGAUGAAAUAAUGCCUUACCUCAAUGAAAACUUUGAUUUGCUUAUCGCGGCACUGUCACAACCUUCUGAUGAGGUGGUUCUACUUGCACUAGAAGUGCAUGCUUGCUUAGCAACAGAUGACACACAAUUCAAUCAUCUUUUUGCUUCUCUAGUACAGGAUCAAACUUUAUGGGUAACUCUAAGCCGGGGUUCCUUGAUAGUGCAUCGACUGUGUGCUCUCCUGAAUGCAGAGAAGGUUUACCAAAAGUUUUCUUCACUACUGGAGGGAGUAGAUGACCUGGAAUUUGCAUUCCAGUUGGUGCAGACACUAAAUUAUGUUUUAGUCACCGCAUCUGAGUUGGCUGACAUGCGUGCUCUCCUAAAACAAACAUCGGAAAAUGAUGCCAGUAAAGACUUGUUUGUUUCACUGCAUUCUUCUUGGUGUCAUUCCCCAAGUGCAACAAUAAGUCUCUGCCUUUUCGCUCAAGAAUAUCGUCAUGCUUAUUGUGUAAUCCAGUCAUUGUUCGAAGAUGACAUUCUUAUGGUCCCUUUGAUUGAGCUGGCAGAUUUGGUCUAUCAGCUGCAGUUUCCAUGCUUUGAUCACAUUAAGCUGCAGCUUCGUGAGGCUGGAAAGUCUGUGUGGCUCAGGAAGUUGUUAUACCGUAUCCUGAUGUUGCUGCCACCGAGAACUACAGUCUUCACUAUGUUGUGGAAAACAAUGCGAAGGUUGCCAGCACAUAGUUUUGUCUGUGAUCGGGUUGAGUGCUUACCUUAUAGAGAUUACCACCAAUGCCCGGAGACAUCCCAAGUGGCCGAACCAGGCCACGAAAUCGGAGAUACAGAGAAUACACAAGACGGCAUCAACUUUGCUUCUCUGCUUGAACAAUACAAGAACACACAGCGCAAACAUUUCAAUCAUGCCAAAACGAAAACACAGCUUCAGUUGCACAGAUCUGCAGCUUCCUCAUCAUGAAUGGCUUAAGCUCUUAGCUUGGUCGUGCUUCUGAAAGUUGUUGUGUUGAGCACCGUCAGUGGUCUUAAGCUGCUUGCAUUGUUAAGUUGGUUUUUGCAGUAUAGUCUUGUAUUA